AUACCAUGCCAUGCCACCUCCAGCACAGCGGUGCCAAUAGUGGUGGGGCAAUCUGCCAAACGGCACAGUGCUUGCUUGGCGGUCUGCUGGUUCAGGGCUAUCAGCAGGUAUGGACGGCAGCGUGAGGUGACUGACUGGCUGGCCUGCUUGCUUGCUUGCUUUGGUCGAGGAUGGGCUUUGCUGGCGAGCGAAUCCCGCUCCGCUUCCAUCCGAUGCAUCUCCGGCGCGGAUGCAACAAGACGCAGCAUCUCGCGGCGGUGUCUUGGACUCAAGUGGUUCGCUGUCGGGACUAGACAACAUGCUGCCGCUGUAGGGCAGAGAAAGAAGUCUUCAUUCUUUCCGCUAUAUGCGCUGUUCUUCACCCCACCCAGUCACCUUACCCGGCAGACGUCGAGGGUGAAGACAGGGUCUCCGGGUCCCGAGUGA